UCUACGUUGCUCUAUAUCUUGUACUUUCCAUUGAUCAUCAACUAUAAAAUAGUGUCUGCUGAUCAAUUUUAACGUUUCGAGCAGAAUUUCUCACAGAAAUUUUUUGAAUCAAAUCCACAAUGGGUAACGAAAGCUCACUGCCUAUGGAACUAUGUUCAAACUUUGACGUCGACGAAAUUAGAAGACUAGGGAAACGGUUUCGGAAGCUAGAUCUGGAUAACAGCGGCGCUUUAAGUAUCGACGAAUUCAUGUCAUUACCGGAAUUACAACAGAAUCCUUUGGUUCAACGCGUGAUAGAUAUAUUCGAUGCUGACGGUAACGGAGAAGUGGAUUUUAAAGAAUUUAUUCAUGGUGUUUCUCAGUUCAGUGUUAAGGGUGACAAAGAGAGCAAAUUAAGAUUUGCCUUUAGAAUUUACGAUAUGGACAACGACGGUUUCAUAAGCAAUGGAGAACUGUUCCAAGUUUUAAAAAUGAUGGUAGGCAACAAUUUGAAAGACACGCAACUUCAACAGAUCGUCGAUAAAACGAUUUUGUUCGCCGAUAAAGACGAAGAUGGCAAAAUUAGUUUCGAGGAAUUUUGUUCGGUUGUUGGUAACACAGAUAUUCAUAAGAAAAUGGUGGUUGACGUUUAAAUAAUCAAAGUCUGUAAAAACUAUUCGAUACCUAUAUAUGGUAAUAUCAAUUUAACUUUAUAAAUUCAAUACUAACAAGAGAUUUAUCGGAUACGUAUAAGUAAUCAAACUCUCCAUGUAGGGUGAAAUCAUGAUCGUUACUAUGCCUUCAAUUAAACUACGUUCCACAUAAGUUUAUCACUGUUAAAGUUUUUUUUUUAUAGUAUAACUUAUAUCAAAGUUUAUCGGCCACAAACUUCCUAAGAUUGUGCACAUCUGCUAAGUACUGUACAAUUUUAAUGUUCCAUACGAACAUUUUCUGUUACGUUACGUAUUUAUUUUUAGUUGAUAUAUCGCAAUAAUUUUGUUAUUAUCGUGUAAGUUUAUUUAAUUAAUGUAAAGAAACGGUGAAGUUAUUUUGAAAUAUCUCCGGGAAAAUAUGUGGACGGAUCAUGUAAAAAGAUAUAUUUUUUUUUCUGGUAAUGUACAAUACGUAUAGUAAAAAGUUAAAUUUUUCGCUGUGUUUCUUUAGUUUUUCGAUAAAAUAUUAGAAUCGGAACUGGAACAUCCUAUUUAUAUUGUACUAUGAAAGCCAUUACGUUAGAUGCUAUAAAUAAUGAAUCUAUAUAAAGUUUAUAAUUGGUUCCAAGAUUAAUUUUUGUAUUAUAUAUAUUCUUUUUAACUACUGUAAGUUGUGCAUUCGAAAGGGACACGCGUUAUUCGAUCGAUUAGCGUUAACAUCGGAGAUGUUUUCAACUUUAGGACAAUGAAUCUUAUCGUAGAGAUCUGUUUUUACUACAAUUGUGAAUAAGACUGAAAAAACAAAUGAAACUUUUGUAACUUUUGGGUGCACAAUUAUCUCUUAUAUUUACUCCUUGUACGAUUAUUACUGAGAUAACAUAUUAUUAAUAUACCGAUUUAUUGUAUUAUUACGAUUAUUUAUAACUGUAAGUGUUACAAAAUCUUAAUGUCCAAAGUUCAAAAUCGUAAGCUAUGUUGAAAUAAAAAUCUAUAUAACAA